UGCUAUCUGUAGUGGAAGGAGGAAGUCCCGACGCAACAAUGUGGUGAAUUAUUAUCUUUGUCCAGAUCCGACUGAGAGGACUUCUCGGACUUUUGGUAUAUAUAAUCCUGCCAGUUCCCCGGCUAUGGAAGGAUGAUUGGGACACAAGCAGUUGAUCUGUUGUCAAUCCUUCUACAUUCUUCUCCUUUGUCUCGUUUGUUCCAUUCUGAGCUCUCGUUCCAAUGAAAUUCCGUACCCUUUUCUUUGCUGCCGUAGCUGGCUCUGCGGUUGCUGCUCCUCUGGCUAAGGAGCAAAAAAAGAGGGAUUCCGUCUUCCAAUGGAUCGGCGCCAAUGAGUCGGGAGCUGAAUUCGGCGAGAACAACCUCCCGGGUGUAUGGGGUACAGAUUAUAUCUUCCCGGAUGUCUCGGCCAUUACCACCCUGAUUGAUAAGGGGAUGAAUAUAUUUCGUAUCCAAUUCAAGAUGGAGAGGUUGGUUCCAGACUCGAUGACGGGGGCAUACGAUGAGGCCUACCUGCAGAACCUGACAACAGUGGUCAAUGCCGUCACUGAUGCGGGUGUCCAUGCUAUCCUGGAUCCCCAUAACUAUGGCAGAUUCAAUGGCGAGAUCAUAUCCACUGCAUCUGACUUCCAAACCUUCUGGAAGAACCUGGCAGGACAGUUCAAGAGCAACUCUUUGGUUAUCUUCGAUACCAACAAUGAAUACCAUGACAUGGACCAAGAGCUGGUCCUGAACCUCAACCAAGCCGCCAUCGACGGGAUCCGAGAGGCUGGCGCCACGGAGCAAUAUAUCUUCGUUGAAGGUAACUCGUACACAGGGGCGUGGACCUGGACCGAUGUGAACGACAACAUGAAGAACUUGGAAGAUCCCCAGGACAAGAUCGUCUACCAGAUGCACCAGUAUUUGGACUCGGACGGGUCUGGUACCUCCGAGACCUGCGUAUCUGGUACGAUUGGCCAGGAGCGCGUCACCAGUGCUACUCAGUGGCUCAAGGACAACAAGAAGGUCGGUAUCAUCGGUGAGUUCGCCGGUGGAAACAACGACCAGUGUAAAACCGCCGUGAAGGGAAUGUUGGAUUAUCUGGCUGAGAACACGGACGUGUGGAAGGGUGCGCUUUGGUGGGCUGCCGGCCCAUGGUGGGGGGAUUAUAUGUACAAUUUGGAACCUCCAAAUGGAGUUGCGUUCACGGGAAUGAUGGACGUUCUGCAGGCAUACCUGGGAUAGGGACACUGCGAAGGAUAGGGUGUGAAAUAAUGUCAGGUCGUCAUCUUGUCAUUCUGGUGCUGAGCACAUUGUAGAUAGUUCUAUUUCAGGAGGUUCUAAAUGCCCCGGCUUUCGGUAAAAGAAAUCGGCAAGAGUAUCAUAUCUG